CAACAAUUUUGUUUUUUAUGUAAUCAAUAUUUCUCAUAUAGAAAUUUCUUUUUGCCGCAUUGAAUUGGAUUUUUGUACACCGAUUACGUAUAUUUGGAAAAAUAAAAGUAUUUUUUUUAGAAUUUUUAGACUACAGUAAUUGAUUAGCUUUGCAAAUAAUCAAUAUAACAACAGCAUGACUACUCCUACCAAGGAUGACAACUGUACGAUUUGUGAAAAAAUUGGCUUAAGACCCUUUACCAAAGAGAACAUUUUUUAUUACUACAUUCCGCUAAAUGGUCUAUUGAGUUAUGGAGCGUUAUGUGUUAAUGUCAUGAACCCGGCUCUAGUCGCUAAGAUGCUGCCCGGGAAAAAGGACGCUACUAAUGUAUUAUUAUGGAGCAGUGUAGCAGGUGGCGCCUUCUACGUGUACGGACGCCCGCAUUUAAGACAUGUGCCUACUUUCCAACGCGGCUUGUAUGCAAUUAUGGCUGCCGGACUUUGGGGUAUGGGUUCCGUGCUGGGCUGGGCCGUACUCAAAUCUCUGAUCCCUAAAGACAAUGGUUUGGCCACAAUGGCAGGCCUUGUUGUCGGCGUUGGUAUCGUUAAGGUAACUCUUGAUUACUUCAAUGAGACCGACAAAUUGGUAGCAGCAAAAAAAUAAAUAUGGUCACUUGAUAAUUGGAAUUUCUAUUUAUUUUUUUUUUGUGUAAUACACCCAACACAUUAAAAUUAUUACUUCUAGAAGUUUUAGUAUCUCUUCAACUAUUAGUCGAAUAUGAAAGCAGAAACAAAAAAAAAAUUUCUAGUGCGUCCCAUCCCUUUGCAUUAAUUUGGAUAAUUCACUUAAUUAACAUUUAAUGUAAAUAUCAGUUAAAUCAAGAAUUUGCAAAUUGUAUUUGCUUGCUUAUACACUUGAACCCAAUAUAUAUGUGCAUGCAUCUGUAUUUGCAACAUAUUUUGUUCGAAUAAACUUCUUAUAAAAACAA